ACUCGGGUUGCAGCCUCUAACAAGGAAGAUCUCAGAGGUUUGGGUUACUAGAACAUUCCUGGUCUCCUUGCCACUUGAGAGCAAUGUUGGGACCGUCUGACAGGGAGAGGCUAAGCAAGGAAGGUCUCUGAUGGCAGAGAGAGAGGUGGGGGGGACACUUUCAUACUGUCCCUCUCUGGCCAUCACCCCAAACCCUGGCAGCAGAGGACAGCAGGAGGAAGAAAGAGCUGGAUGGCUGACUGUCCAGAGCCUGGGAGGGGGUCGGCAGAGCCAACUCCACAAAUACAAAAGGGGCAGGGACAUGCUUGCCUGCCUCCCCAUGCAUACGGAACCCGCACCCCCACACAAUGGCAUCACUCCCUCUCCGAUGACUUGGCACAGCCUCCUGACAGUUUACAACACAGGCAGGCACUCGCCAUCCACCGCCCACUCUGCACAGGACCCCGGAGCUGGAUGCUUUGCAGCCUACCAGCUGCAGGCCCUGCCAGCCCUCCCUCUCCUCCUCCAGAGCUGGGUUUUUCCAGCCGGAACCUCGCUCCCUCUACUGCAAUCUCUGGAAAUUGGUGUCUGACGCGGCUGCUCCUGCCUAUUAUUUAUUUAUUUCUUCUUUUCUUCCCGCUGAGACCCUCCUGUCAGAAGGAGAGCUGCAGUCCGGAGACAGAGAAAGGCAGAAGCUGCAGGGAGAGCUGGGAGCAAAGAGGAGGUAGAGAGGGACUCCCAGGCACCCUUGUCUGCUUACCCUGGAGGACCAUGAGCACCGGGCAGGAAGCCAGGCGAGACGAGGGAGACUCCAGGAGAGGCCAGGAAGCCUCGCUUCGGGACCGAGCCCACCUCAGCCAGCAGCGCCGGCUCAAACAGGCCACCCAGUUCUUGCACAAGGACUCGGCUGACCUGCUGCCUCUGGACAGCCUCAAGAGGCUCGGCACCUCCAAGGACCUGCAGCCACACAGCGUGAUCCAAAGACGCCUGGUGGAGGGAAACCAGAGGCGGCUUCAGGGCGAGUCUCCCCUGGUGCAGACACUGAUCCACGGCCAUGACAACAGCAGCAGGACCAGUGGGACACAGGUUCCAGCUCUUCUUGUCAACUGCAAGUGCCAGGACCAGAUGCUUCGAGUGGCUGUGGACACAGGGACCCAGCAUAAUCAGAUAUCUGCUGGAUGCCUCAGGCGCCUGGGGUUAGGGAAGAGGGUCCCCAAAGCCCCAGGUGGGGACCUGGCACCUGGGCCACCAGGUCAGGUGGAACAGCUGGAGUUAGAGCUGGGGCAGGAGACGGUGGCAUGCUCGGCCCAGGUGGUGGAUGUGGACAGCCCUGAAUUUUGCCUGGGACUGCAGACUCUGCUUUCCCUUAAGUGCUGCAUUGACCUGGACCGUGGAGUGCUUCGGCUGAAAGCCCCCCUCUCGGAGCUGCCCUUCCUGCCUCUGUACCAAGAGCCUGGCCAGUGACCACCGCCUCAGCCAGACCCUAGGGCGGCGCUGUGCCUUAGGGGAAGAGUGGUGUGGAGCGGGACACGACCUGAGCAGGGCGUCUGGAGACCACCGCGCUAGUCUCUUUUCUCACCACCCUGAUCUCGCAGUUGCCACCCCAGUCUCUGCUUCUCCACAGCUGCCCUCUGCCCUAGGAGUUCCUACUGAGUAUCUUUGACUCCAAGGUCCUGGCUUCCUCCUUCCCUCUUAUCCCCUCCUAAGAACACAGCCAAGUCACUUACAGAAAAGGACCUAUGGAAAAUGGACUCUGUCCUGGCUGUGGGGGUCAAGGUCACCUGCUGCCUCCACCUGUCUGAAGUCCGACCCAAGCACCCCUCCACUGCCCUUACCACUACCUCUCCCACCUCUAGGGCUUACCUGUCACAGCCAGACUCCCAGCCUGUGUGCAGCCCCUCCUGGCACCUGCACCCAUCUGCUUGGAGUUGGGUGGGAGUGACAAGUGAGUAGGACUGUUAGUCUACGAAGGUCCAGUCCCUGAGCUGAGCGCUCUCCGUCAUUGUCUUUUCUGGGCUGCAGAUGUCUGAGCGUCUUUCUGGCUGGGAUGACUCUCAAAUCAUGGUUAGAGGAAGAGAGACAAUGGUAUACCUAACCCGAACUAGGGAACCGGGUCCCUUACAUGGGGACUAAAUACUAAGCCUAAGAGACCAAAGAGGAACCAGGACACAGCCUCACUUUCUUUACUUUCAAGAGCAGGCCAGCUUAGUUUAAGUGCCACUUGGUCUCAUCCUGACUCCCUCAUCACCUUGCUUCGAGACCUAUGCUCCUCCCCCAGUCUGCCUCCUACUGCUGCUGUAAUGGCAGACCUGGCCCAGGGCAGGCCCUCAGCCUGCUUCUGCAUUAGAAUAAACACUGGUUCUCUAAGCCA